AAAUGGGUCAGAACAGUCAGAGUUAUCUGUAAACCAAGAAUAGCAGUGUUAUAUACACAAAUACUUUUUCUCUCAGUCCAGUUCUUCACUCUGGUAACUUAUUUCUCACUGUUGUGUUUAUGUACUAUAAGAUUUUAAGUUUUUCCAACUGUGCCCUCCUGCUGUUUUGAACUGAUUAUUAGCCAUUUAGAUAAUGGGACUGUAGACUAAAACAUAUGGGGAGCAUUAAAUAGAGAUUCUUCAAGAUCAUAGCCUGGGAAACUUUCCCAAAUGUUUGGAAACAUAGCAGAGCAAGUUUGUAAUAAUAACUCAUUGAUAAAGGAAAAAAUUGGAUGGUACAUGGUACAUAGUUACAAAUUGAAGAUAAAGGGUUAAGAGCUAACAACUUUCAGAGCUCGGUGGUCAUUUUGAAGCAAAUUAAUUAUGCUGCUCAUGAUCCUCCACAAAAGCUAUCCAAGUUAAUUGGUAUAUUCUUAUAGUGAUUGUACAGUUUUAAAUACGUGCUGUGUGUAAUACCUUUAUGUUUGUCUUCAAUCUUAUUUCAUUUGAUUUCAUUGAAAAAGUAUGGUUUAUAUUAUUAGAGCUAUACAAAUUUCUUUCUCCGCUUUCCACACACCAUGCAUAAUUUUAAAUAUGUCUACUACAUUUGUUUAUUUUCUUAAAAAUCGAGACGCUUAUUUUCUUGUUCUAAAUAGUCCCAAAUACUUGCAUUUCCUCAUAGGAAAUUAAUAGUUCAUUGAACAUUUUGGUUGAUUUUCUCAGCUUUUCUUGCUCUAGUAUAUACUUUUUGAGAUAUAGUGAUAAAAUGUACAUAGCCUUAUAAAUUACAGAUUUAAAUAGAGUUGUUUUUCGGUGUGGGGUUAAGCUUAGUUUUAGUGGAUAUGGUUUGAUUUUAAAUUAAUCAUUCAUCAUCGUGUAAUAGAUGCAUGUUCAGCUUUGAUUUUAUUUGAAUAAUUAGGAUGUGGAAAUGAGAAAGCUUGCAUUCACUGCAAAUUGCACUAGUGACCACAUGACAAUGCAGUUUAUAGAGUGAACUCAUUGUGAACCCAGAAAAGCUGGAGUAGGGAAAAUAUGAAUGUAUAUUAUCCUGUUAAAAGCAAAUUAGGGAAAUAUUUGUAUGGGAUUAGCCAGAAUAAUUUAUACAUAAUUGCAAAUAAAUAACAAUAUAUAGUUGCCCAUCUUAAAUACAUUACUCUGGGCAGCAAACAAUCCAUAGGAAAACAGGAUUAAAUCCUCCAUAACCUAUGGAAAUAAGCCAAUACAAAAAAAAAAAAACAGAAAACCAACUUGCUGGUCCUAAUGCCUAGGAGAAAAACAAGUUUAACAGCCUUUGAGAGUCCAACAAAGUUGGAAUCAUUUAAAUUUCAGGGCAGAGGCUGUUCCAUAGAGCAGGCAGCACAGCAGAGAAGGAAGGCACAGUACAUGCUAUAUAAAUAUGUAUGGUAAGGAAUCUGAAACUGGAGCAUGAGCAAGAGAAAAAUAAGAUCUUAUCUGAAGCUCUGGAAACACUAGCCACUGAACACCAUGAAUUAGAGCAAUCGCUAGUCAAAGGGUCACCUCCCCUUAGCAUCCUUAGUGAGGAACAGUUCUAUGAUGCUAUAUCUGAUUCAGAAUCUGAAAAAUCAUUUACUGGAUUUGAAACCGUGACUAGCUUCUCAUUGGAAAACAGCGAGGAUUCUAGUGACACCAUAACAGCUAACAUGUCUGAAGAAAAAUCAAAUAAAAACCGAGAGACUCUAUCAAAUGGCAUAAAAAAACACAGGACAAGCUUGCCCUCUCCAAUGUUUUCAAGAAAUGACUUCAGUAUUUGGAGUAUCUUGAGAAAGUGCAUUGGAAUGGAGCUGUCCAAGAUCACUAUGCCAGUAAUUUUUAAUGAGCCCCUGAGUUUCCUACAGCGACUGACAGAAUACAUGGAGCAUACAUACUUAAUUCAUAAAGCCGGCUUGCUUCCUGACCCAGUUGAAAGAAUGAAGUGUGUAGCUGCUUUUGCUGUCUCAGCUGUAGCCUCUCAGUGGGAACGUACAGGAAAGCCAUUCAAUCCAUUACUUGGAGAGACAUAUGAACUUGUCAGAGAGGAUCUUGGAUUCAGACUCAUUUCGGAACAAGUUAGUCAUCAUCCACCAAUCAGUGCUUUUUAUGCUGAAGGACUGAAUAAUGACUUCAUAUUUCAUGGUUCCAUAUAUCCUAAACUCAAGUUUUGGGGAAAGAGUGUUGAAGCAGAACCAAAGGGAAUAAUAACUCUAAAGCUUCUUGAACACAAUGAGGCAUAUACAUGGACGAAUCCUACAUGCUGUGUACAUAAUAUUAUUGUGGGCAAACUUUGGAUUGAGCAAUAUGGAAAUAUGGAAAUAACCAAUCACAAAACUGGUGAAAAAUGCAUGCUAAACUUCAAGCCCUGUGGCCUUUUUGGAAAAGAACUACACAAAGUUGAAGGCUAUAUUCAAGAUAAAAGCAAAAAGAAACUGUGUGCACUCUAUGGAAAAUGGACUGAGUGUUUGUACAGUGUCGAUCUUGCUACAUUUGAAGCUUACAAAAAGAAUGACAAGAAAAACACAGAAGAGAAGAAAAACAAUAAACAGACAGGCAAUUCUGAUGAGCCGGAUGAGAUGCCCUUGCCAGAAUGUGAGAGUAUGUGUGUGAUCCCUGGAAGUGUGUUGUUAUGGAAAAUAGCUCCAAGGCCUUCAAACUCGACAGAGAUGUACAACUUUACCACCUUUGCUAUGAUGUUGAAUGAAUUGGAUCAGGAAAUGGAAAGUGUUAUUCCUAAAACUGACUGCAGGCUAAGGCCAGAUGUAAGAGCUAUGGAAAAUGGUGAAAUAGAUGUAGCCAGUGAAGAAAAGAAAAGGCUUGAAGAAAAACAAAGAGCUGCUCGUAAAAAUAGGUCCAAGUCAGAGGAAGACUGGAAGACAAGGUGGUUUCAUCAAGGUCCUAAUCCUUACACUGGUGGACAUGACUGGAUUUACUCUGGGAACUACUGGGACAGAAACUACUUCAGUCUGCCAGAUAUUUAUUAAAAUGCAUUGGAAAUUCUGAGCCUAAUACAAGUCUUAAAUCAGUUUUCAGUGCUUUUUUUAUGCCUAUAUUCCUAGAAAAAUAUUAAAAUCUGACAGGUUGCAAUUGAAUAUGGUUCUGGUGCUCCUGUCACAGCGUAGCUCAAGGCUGUUGUUGGGAGUGCUGGGGUUUUUGGCAUUUUCCCUAGAUUGCGAGAUGUAUUUGCACAUAAUCACUGGUGCUUUACUUGGGAGAGACAGGGAGCUACCCAUAUUUGCGAACUAAAGAUCAGUUACAGGUUAAAUGGAAAAUAAAAAUGCCUUUGAGUUUGAUUUUCUCUUUGGUGAAUAAUAAUUAUAGCAGCAUAUAAUGAAAAACAUGGCAUUUUUUCUCAACUCAGUAACAAAUUAACAUCCAUGACUUAUAAUACUCUAUGGCUUAAAGCAUGAGAAGAGCAUGACACUUCGGGGAAGAAUUAGUCAACUUCCUAAAGACAGCAUUCCAUUAAUUAAUAGAAUACAGGAUCAUAGAUAAUUCAUUUAUAAUUUUAUUUUUUACUCUCAGCACCAAGCUACUACUAUUAAUUAAAAUUGGAUUAAUGCAUAAAAUCACUUAGCAAUGUCUUUUCCUAUUUAGUGCAGUGUUUUGAAUUUUUCUUUCAUGUUUUAUUACCAUGCUAUCUUUAAGGAAUUAAGAGCCAUUUAAAUCUUUAAAAAUUUAAUUUGAACUAAAGUAAUUAUAUUUUUAAAAAAGCCUGCAGUGCACUAAUAUAUGAUGUGGGACUAGUGGUUGUCCAAAUAUUGUUGGACUUCAGCCCUGGUAGCAUAUUGAGAGGUCAAGAAUGAUGGGAGCUGUGGCUCAACCCGGGAAGGCCACAGAGUCCAUAUCCGCACACAAAGUGCUCCGCGCUACAUGAGAUUAAGUGGGGACAUUACAAUGAAAAGAAAUGCACCGGGGUCUAUGCUGUGAUAGCAAAUCCUAGAAGGAAGUGUGUACAUUUCAAAAGCAGUUGAGAGACUACUGUACAGAGCAAAUUUACCCCUAUGUUUGGGGUGCUUUAACCUUUAUGAAAUUAUAUAUUUGUACAAUAUGGAGUACAGAACUUCCAGAGAGACUGCUGCUCUUGUAUAAUUUAAUUGUGGUUUGGAAAUAGUGUUAACUGAAUAUUUUAUUGCUAUUAAAUAAAGGCUUUCUCUGUCCUGUGA